AUGGCUGAGGAAAAUGAUUGUGUGGGAGAUGGUGCCAAGCGAGGAGAGAAAAGGAGCAGCCUGGAAGAAAGCUUCCAAAUACACACUCCCACUGCAGAAACACUUUAUGGCUGUCCUGAGGCUGGGGAGAAGAACAAGCAGCUGCAAGCUCUUUCCAAGCUGUUUGUUUGCCAGCCUUCUCUCUGGGCAGCCUGCGGUACAGCCAGCUGCGAGAGCAACGCAAGUCUGAAUGCCACUGUGUCCAUGGAAGUAGAAUUCGGAGUAUGCACUGUCACAUGUGGACCUUCCAUGUUGCAGGUGAAGUCCUGGUGGUCAAAACUGGAUUUCACCUUUCUGUUAACCAGUGGAUGCCCUGAGACUGAAGCAAAAUGUAUUGUCUGUGUGGACUGGGGGCCAGUAGACUGUGGAUGGGGAAUAGCAAUUUCUGAGGGCCUUGCCCGCGUGAAAAUGCCGUGUAUUUAUAUACCUCCUGAAAAUCGAUUUAAAUAUGUUUAGAAGAUGUUAAUUCCAAACAAAACCACACAUGUUCUUCCCAAUGAUUCAGCUGUUAUGAAAGUUUUCAGAGAUACCUAUUCAGUUACUUUCCAGUGUGAAACUCAAGAAAAUGGAAAUAUAAUUGCCUCUGUAAAAUACACAGUUUACGCAACAACUGAAAUGCAAACAAAACAAUCAAGGAGAAUAGAAAUAGGGCAAUCAAGGAGAACAAUGACAGAUGCUAUUCUGGUCUUUUGCCUGGUAAUGGGAAUCAUUUUGACUGUUUGUAUGAUCCUUGUCAUGAUCUUUAUGAUUCUUCACUGGGCUGUUGUAAAAUCUGUCUGGAAAUCAAAAACUGGGCAAGACAACCAACACAAGAAGCUGGCCAACAAAAGAUCACUGUGGAAUGUGGAAUAA